AAACACAAAAAAAAACCCGAUCCCGAACUCAGCUCGGCGUUUGCUCCGCUCACGAGCUCUCCGCCUCGCCCCUCUCUCCCUCUCCUCUCUCUCGCGCACCAAUUUCGAAACAGCGAGAGCCAAAACGAAAGCUCUCUCUCUCUCUCCUCUCUCUCGUCCGUUCUUCCUCCCUUCCUCCCCCAGAUUAGAAACAAAGUUUCAGCUCGCGGGGGGGAGUGAGGGAGGGUUUGGGGGCCUCGCGACGACGGGAGGGGCGUGAAUUGGGCGGCCCGAUCUGAUGGGCGCCGCGGAGCAGCUGAAGGAGCUCGGGGAGAAGCUGGAGGCGGCGCCGCCGGACCCGGCCGACGCGCUCGCCAAGCUGCUCGAGCAAGCUGCAGAAUGCCUACAUGGAGUAGAGCAGUCACCAGAUUCCUCAGUAAUGGAAACUAUACAACCAUGUCUAAAGGCUGUUGCCAGAGAUGAAUUCUUGAAACACCACAACGAAGAUGUCAAAGUACUCUUGGCAACAUGCUUCUGUGAAAUUACAAGAAUAACUGCACCUGAAGCUCCCUACAGUGAUGAUGUCUUAAGGGACAUGUUUCAUCUGAUUGUGGGUACAUUUAGCGGACUCAACGAUGUUAGUGGUCAAUCGUUUGCCAGGAGAGUUGCUAUUCUGGAAACAGUUGCACGAUAUCGAGCAUGUGUUGUGAUGUUAGACCUUGAAUGCAAUGAUCUAAUUGCAGACAUGUUCCAAUCUUUUCUAGAAAUUAUCAGUGACACUCAUGAGCCAAAUAUUGUAAAUUCAAUGCAAUCAAUAAUGGCCCUAAUCAUAGAUGAAAGUGAGGAUAUAGAGGAAAGCCUUCUACGUGUACUUUUAUCAGCUUUAGGCCGGAAAAAAACUGGUGUUUCUAUGCCUCCACGUAAGCUUGCUCGCCAUGUUAUAGAGCACUCUGCAGGAAAACUUGAACCAUACUUACGGAAGUUUCUGACAUCAUCCUUGGACGGGGAUGGUAAUUCUGUCAAUCAUAACAUUGACCAUCAUGAAGUCAUAUUUGAUUUGUACCAGUGUGCUCCAAAGGUUCUUAAAGUGGUGGUACCUUAUAUAACUGGGGAACUACUGGCAGAUCAAGUUGAAACUCGGUCUAAAGCAGUCGAAGUACUUGGCGAACUUUUUUCUUUACCUGGAAUCCCUAUCUUGGAAUCAUUUAAAUCACUUUUCGAUGAGUUUCUGAAGAGAUUAACUGAUCGAGCAGUAGAAAUCCGUGUUUCUGUAAUUGAGCAUUUGAAAAAAUGUCUGAUGUCAAACCAUUCCCGUCCCGAAGCUCCAGAGAUUAUCAAGGCACUUUGUGACAGAUUGUUGGAUUAUGAGGAAAAUGUCAGAAAGCAAGUGGUAGCUGCUAUUUGUGAUGUAGCUUGCCAUUCACUUGGUGCAGUCCCAGUUGAAACUAUUAAACACGUAGCAGAGCGUGUCCGUGAUAAAUCAGUUUCUGUGAAGUGCUAUACCAUGGAGAGAUUGGCUGAUAUCUACAAGUUCUAUUGCCUGAGUGGUUCUGAUAGCUCAAUAAAUUCUGAUGAUUUUGAGUGGGUUCCUGGAAAAAUAUUAAGAUGCCUCUAUGACAAAGAUUUUCGACCAGAGUUGAUUGAAUCAAUCUUGUGUGCUUCAUUGUUCCCACCAGAGUUUCCAACAAAGGAAAGAGUGAAACAUUGGGUAACAGCUGUCACACAUUUUGAUAAAGUUGAGAUGAAAGCCCUUGAGCAAAUUUUUCUGCAAAAACAAAGACUACAACAAGAAAUGCUGAAGUACAUGUCCCUUCGGCAGAUAAGCCAGGAAGAUACACCUGAUAUGAAAAAAAAAGUCCUGGGAUGUUUCCGGAGCAUGUCCCGUUUGUUCAGUGAUCCUACAAAGUCUGAGGAGUACUUGACCAUGCUUCAUCAGAUAAAAGAUGCCAACAUAUGGAAUAUAUUCACAAGCUUGCUUGAUUCUUCAACAACAUUCAACAAUGCUUGGUCUCUUCGGGAUGAUUUGCUAACAAAACUUGGUGAAAAGCAUGCAUUGCAUGAUUUUGCGAGCACAUUAUCGAUGAGAUGCUCAUAUUUACUUGUGAACAAGGAAUAUGUCAAAGAGAUCCUUUCUGAAGCUUCUGACCAAAAAUCUACUGGGAAUACAAAACUUAUGUCAUCAUGCAUGGAUCUUCUAACGGCAGUAUCUAGUUUCUUCCCUUCACUUUUGUCUGGUCUUGAAGAAGAUAUCAUUGAGCUCCUGAAGGAGGAUAAUGAACUACUUAAAGAGGGUAUUGCUCAUGUUCUGUCGAAGGCUGGUGGCAACAUUCGUGAACAACUAGCUUCUUCAAGUUCCAUUACUCUUCUACUAGAGCGGCUAUGCUUAGAAGGAACACGGAAGCAGGCAAAAUACUCUGUUCAUGCUCUGGCUGCCAUAACAAAAGAUGAUGGACUGAUGUCACUGUCUGUUCUUUACAAGAGGCUUGUGGAUUUGUUGGAGGAAAAGAAAGUGCAUUUGCCAUCCAUCUUACAAUCCUUGGGGUGUAUAGCCCAGAUAGCGAUGCCAAUUUUUGAAACAAGGGGAGAAGAGAUAAUAAAUUUUAUAACUAAAAAAAUACUUGACUGCAAUGAUGAUCCAGGUGAUGUUUCUGCUCAUAAAUCUGAAUGGAGUGAUAGUACACAAAGUUGUUCAUUGAAGAUUCAUGGCAUUAAAACUUUGGUGAAGAGCUGUCUACCUUGCAAAGAUGCUCAAGCACAUCCAGGAAUAGAAAAAUUAAUGGGCAUCCUUAAGAAUAUCCUUACAUAUGGUGAUAUUUCCGCAAAUAUGAUUUCAAGCACUAUUGAUAAGGCCCAUUUGAGGCUGGCAGCAGCAAAAGCUGUUCUCCGGUUAUCAAGACAAUGGGACCACAAAGUGCCUGUUGAUGUGUUCUAUUUGACUCUGAGGAUUUCACAGGAUGAUGUUCCUCAGGUGAGGAAAUUGUUUCUUAGUAAAGUUCAUCAAUAUAUUAAGGAAAGGGCCUUGGAUGCAAAGUAUGCUUGUGCUUUCUUGUUAGCCAUGGAUGAUUAUCGUGCCCCACAGUACGAAGAGUUUAAGCACAACCUAAUUGAGGUGGCACAGAUAUGUCAGCAAGUUAAGAUGCGCCAGCUUUCUGUCCAAGCAGAAACAAAUGUGCUCACUGCUUAUCCAGAAUAUAUGAUUUCCUAUGUGGUCCAUGUCCUCUCUCAUGAUCCAUCGUGCCCUAACAUUGAAGAGUAUGAGGAUAUUGAAGCAUUUGGUCCAAUUUACUGGCGAUUGCAUAUGCUUCUUUCAAUCCUCCUGGGAGAAGAGGGUUUGCAGCAUAGUGUACCAGGCAUGAAAAAAGAGAGCUUAACAACAAUAAUAUCUAUAUUUAGAAGUAUCAAAUGUUCUCAAGACGCGGUUGACGUUAACAAGACCAAGACACUUCAUGCUAUUUGUGAUCUUGGUACUCUUAUUGGAAAGAAAUUAUUUCAAGAGCAGAUAAAUAUAUCAGAAGCUCAAACGGUUCCACUGCCCGCUCAACUUUAUGCGCCAGUUCAGAAGGACCAGAAUGAAAAUUCUGUGGAGAGUGAUGGGCAGGUGUGGCCAGGUUGUGAGAAUGUAUUGGCCCAUUUUGAGGCUCUUAUGACAGCAAAGUCUGCUGAGGUUGAAUCGCCUGAGGAUAAGAUGCUUAUAGAUGAGACUGAUGAAUUUGGUAAUGAAGUUCCUCUAGGUAAAAUUGUCAAAAUUUUAAAAUCUCAAGGAGCAAAAAAGGCAGGGAAAAAGCAGAAGACAACUUCUGUUUCAGUAAACAUGGGAAAAGAUGAUGAUGUCUUGGGACUGGUUAGAGAAAUAAACUUGGAUAAUCAAGAAAAUUUGGGGGAAUCAGAAAAGAGCAAACCAAAGAAAAGGCGGAUGGAUAUGAAAGAGAGUAAUGAGAAGCCUGUAGAUUUUUCGUCACCAAAACGCAAAAGAUCUGUUUCUAAGAGUAGACCACAUUCAGCCAAAGGCAACAAAAAGAGUGAUGAGCUUCUACUGCAGUCUGUCAAUCCAGAUGAAACUAUCAACUCAUCAGAAAAUAAGCUCGAUGGGGGCAAAAGCAGAGAUGACAUGGUUGACACUGAAUUGGUAACAUCACCUGCUAGUGUUAAAACCCCUGUAUCCAAGGGGAAAAAGGGUGCUAAGAAGUCCCACGCUGAAGUCUUGACUAGUAGUCCAAAGAAGUCUGAUGAGGCAGGCAGUAGUAAGCGGAUGGUUGAAUUGGGAAGUUUAAAUGGGUCACUCAAAAAACAAAAGCCAAAAUUGGUUUCUGGUCUAGCAAAGUGCACAACACAGGACACAGGCAGUGCAGACUUUAUUGGAAAGAGGAUAAAAGUUUGGUGGCCGCUAGAUAAGAAAUUUUAUGAAGGUGUCGUGGAAUCUUAUGACUCAUCAAAGAGAAGACAUACGGUGCUAUAUGAUGAUGGAGAUGUUGAAGUGCUUAACCUAGCUAAAGAAAAGUGGGAAAUUGUUGCAAGCGAUGACCCACCUGUAAAGGGCCGAAAGAAGGAUCAAGGGAGAAACCAAGGACGAGCUCUGGAUAAAAGUGUUACCAGCAGUAAGCAAACUCCGCCUGAUCAACAUAAGUCAAAAAAGAGGCCCUCACCUCCAAAGACGAAAGGCAAACCAAAAGGAUUGCCAAAAAACAAACGUAGAAAGAUAGGAGGUAAAAGUUCAGUUGAUGCUGCUGGUGAUGCUAAUAUUGAUUCGGAUUCAUCAAGUUCUCUUGCUCACUCAGAUUCUGACGAAGAUAAAAAAUAUGAUGGCCGCAAUGAGAAAGAAGCAGCAGUAACCAAGAAAGCAAAACCAGAGAAAGUGUCUGCCAAAGGUGAUGAGCUGAAAGAGGAGCAACCUGAUGACCAUAAUUUAAACAGCAAGGAGGAAUCUGACAAUGAGACUCUUAGUGUCUGGAAAAAACGCACAGCAAAAGCAACAUAGGCUUUGCUUUCUCAGUUGAUUAUUCUUCGUAGGAUGCAGAUAUCACGGGCAGUGGUUGGGAAUGUGGAUAUCUCAUUAAUUGACCUUGCAAUUGACAGUUGUGAUGUAGAAAAUGUUCUUUGCAAUAGCAACAGGUUUAGUAUAGAAGAGCAGUGGAAUAGGAUUUGCUUCUAAUAUUAUUAGAUGCUAGAACUUGUUUCCAACUUAGCUAUGACCUUGUGCCCCAGAAUUUCAUUGUAAACGUAUUCUUGAGGAGGGCCACAGGUCAUGUAAAAUAUCUGUUAACAUUAUUUUGCAGGAAUAGUGACUGUGUUAAAAACUCAUGUAGAAAUGCUGUACACAAUAAACCAAUGGCUCUUGGGUUGUACUGUACAACAAGAAUGGGCAUCCCUAUUUUGGGGGGCCUUAUUCUGAAGCAGCA